AUGCUCGACGCCAGCUCCUCCGUUCUCCUCCAUCGCCUUCAAGGCACCGCUCUCAUAGCCUUUUCAAUUGUGUUUCUACCACUCGAUACUUCAAUAUUCGUCAUUAGUUAUCUCCUGAGCUAUGUCUUUCAUAACAUUUGCGAGGAAAAUCGCAAAAUUGCGCGAUCAGACCCGAACUUCAAACCCAGGAACGUGUUGGUGACGGGAGUGGGAAUGACAAAAGGCUUGGUCCUAGCGAGAGCAUUCUACGAAGCUGGGCACAACGUCGUUGGCGCUGAUUUCGAGGCGAACGGUUCUCUUGUCUGCGGCAGAGUGUCCAAGUCCUUGAGAGCUUUUCGUCCGUUGAGGAGGUCGGAUGUGAAGAAUGGGGCGUCGCCGUACAUUCAAAGUCUUCUCGAUAUCAUCCUGAAGGAGAAGAUAGAGAUCUGGGUCAGCUGUUCUGGUGUUGCAUCGGCUACUGAAGAUGGGAUAGCCAAAGAAAUUAUCGAAGUCAGAACCAACUGUAAAGCAAUCCAAUUUGAUCUCAAGACGACUGAAAUGCUUCAUGAGAAGCAUAGCUUUAUUGAGCACACCAGAUCCCUUGGUCUAAACGUACCAGAGACUCAUGAGAUCACUAGCCGAAGCGCUGUGGAGAACCUCCUCCGAAACUCGCCUGAGGACAGAAAGUUCAUCAUGAAAACCAUUAGAAUGGAUGAUUCUGCCCGGGCGGACAUGACCCUUCUGCCUAAAGCGACACCACAGGAGACCUCGAAGCAUAUUGCAAAGUUGAAGAUCUCCGAGAAAACACCUUGGAUUUUGCAGCAAUUUAUCGAAGGCAGAGAAUACUGCACUCACUCACUAGUGGUCAACGGAAAAGUCAGAGCUUUCGUUGCUUGUCCUUCCGCAGAGUUGCUCAUGCAUUAUGAAGCCCUUCCGCAUAAUUCUACACUCAGUCAAGCAAUGCUAGCUUUCACCAAGAAAUACGCAUCAAAUGGCGGACCUGGGUUUACUGGCCACCUUUCUUUCGAUUUUAUGGUCGAGGCCAGUGCUCCCAGCGAGUCCAGCGGAGAGAUCGUCCUGUAUCCUAUUGAAUGUAACCCGAGGGCCCAUACCGCAGUCGCACUCUUCGGAGGCACGCCAGGGAUGAUAUGUGGCUAUCUGUCAAUACUCGAUGAUGCCCCGAGUCUGGAUCAUGGCCAAUUGGCAACCCCGCGACAAGCCGACAAAUACUGCUGGGUCGGCCACGAUCUCGUGACAAUGGUGGUCCUCCCAUCACUGGCCUUCUUCACGCUACAUAUAUCAUUCCCAGAUCUAAUUUCGAGUUACAAAUCCUUCUUGGAGCACCUCUUCCUGUGGAAGGAUGCAACGUACGAGAUGUGGGACCCCUUGCCUUGGUGGUGGCUUUAUCACGUCUACUGGCCGAUGCAAUUUCUCUCAUGCAUCCGUGCGGGCAAGAAAUGGAGUCGCAUCAACGUCAGUACGACUAAAAUGUUCGAAUGUUGA